AUGUCUGCCAGCCCGGGAUAUAGCGAGGAGAAAGGCGGCAGCCUCGGGGAGCCUGAGUAUGGCCAGGACCCGGCCAGCGGGGGCAUCUUCAGCACUGACUAUAAGAGACACGAUGACUUGAAAGAGAUGUUGGACAGUAACAAGGAUUCACUGAAGCUGGAAGCUAUGAAGAGGAUUGUAGCUAUGAUUGCUCGAGGAAAGAAUACAUCAGACUUGUUUCCAGCUGUAGUAAAGAAUGUGGCCUGCAAGAACAUUGAGGUGAAAAAGUUGGUUUAUGUCUACUUGGUUCGAUAUGCAGAGGAGCAGCAGGACCUGGCUCUGCUUUCCAUCUCCACAUUUCAGCGAGGAUUAAAGGACCCCAAUCAGCUGAUCCGUGCCAGUGCCCUGCGUGUUCUCUCCAGUAUCCGUGUGCCAAUAAUUGUGCCAAUUAUGAUGCUGGCAAUAAAAGAGGCUGCUUCAGAUAUGUCUCCCUAUGUGCGCAAGACAGCAGCACAUGCUAUACCCAAACUUUACAGCUUGGAUUCAGACCAGAAGGACCAGCUCAUUGAAGUGAUAGAGAAGUUGCUCUCUGACAAAACCACGCUUGUCGCAGGCAGUGUGGUCAUGGCUUUUGAAGAAGUGUGUCCAGAACGCAUUGAUCUGAUCCAUAAGAACUACCGCAAGUUAUGUAACCUACUGAUAGAUGUAGAGGAAUGGGGACAAGUUGUUAUUAUUAACAUGCUGACAAGAUAUGCACGCACACAGUUUCUGAACCCUAAUCAAAAUGUGAGCCUUCUUGAAGAAAACCCAGAGAAAGCUUUUUAUGGCUCCGAUGAUGAGGAUGGUGCCCAAAGAGGAAAAAGUUAGACUCUUUUGUUAAGACGCAAACCUUACAUUAUGGACCCCCUGACCAUCGGGCUGCUUCUUCGAAACACUAAACCCCUUCUGCAGAGUCGCUAACGCAGCUGUAAGAGACAAUUAAACAUUAUAGUGGUUAUGGCUGUGGCACAGCUCUAUUUCCAUCUUGCUCCAAAAGCAGAAGUUGGGGUGAUAGCAAAGGCCUUGGUGCGAUUACUACGCAGUCACAGUGAGGUGCAGUAUGUGGUACUCCAAAACGUGGCUACAAUGUCCAUCAAAAGAAGGGUAAGAUUCUCACUCCUGGAAAUGUUUGAGCCGUAUUUAAAGAGUUUCUAUAUCCGGUCUACAGACCCAACCCAGAUCAAGAUUCUAAAGCUGGAAGUUCUUACUAACUGGCUAGCGAGACCAAUAUUUCACCAUAUUGAGAGAAUUUCAGUUUUGUAUCUUAUAAUUAAAAUCAAUUCCCCAGAAUUGACACCAAUAGUAGAGGAAAAAGCAAAAUGGAAGAAUCGCGAUCACUUUCAGCUGGGCUCCCUCUCACAUUUGCUGAAUGCCAAGGCUGUUGGAUACCAAGAGCUACCUGACUGGCCAGAGGAGGCCCCUGACCCCUCCGUGCGCAACGUGGAGGUGAAGGAAGCUGUGCCAGAAUUCCCAAAUGUCCCCAACAGAGAGAAAAGGAAGGAGAGAGAGGAGAAACCAUUUUACUCAGAUUCGGAAGGAGAGUCCGGACCAACUGAAUCUGCUGACAGUGAGCCAGAAUCUGUAAGUGAGUCAGAGAGUGGUGCCAGCAGUAGUGGAAGUGCCUCUGAAUCAGGAAGUGAGGAAGAGGAGAGUGAAGAGGAAGAGGAGUCUGAAAAAGAGGAAAAAAGCAAGAAGGGGGAGUCACAGAGUGAGGGAAGUGAAGAAAGUGAUCAGGAGCAAAAAGUUACUCCCAAAGCCAAGAAGACGUCUGCAAAGUCUUCUCAGAAAUCAGCCUCUGAGGAUGGGAGCAGCACAGACAGCAGUGAGUCUGAGUCCGAGUCCUCUUCAGAAGAGGAAGAGAAGGAAAAGCAGCAGCCUGAACCAAAGAAGAAGAAAACUCCUCCAGCUACUAAACCUGUUGCAAAACCAGCAAAGGAGUCUAAGGAGAUUUCAUUGCUUGAUCUGGAUGACUUUUCACUCCCCUCAGCCCCUCUUCCAACCUCAGGAAGUAUUGUAUCCACCAGCCUGGUGACUGAUCUGGAAGGUCUCUCUCUAACGGACUCAUCAUUAACACCCACGGUUAUCAGCCCAAUUUUUAACUCUGGGCGAACGUUUGAGCUACUUCAUCGCAUGACUGGAGAGGGUCUUUCUGUGGAAUAUAUUUUCAGCCGUCAGCCAUUCACCCCAGACCCACGUAUGGUAUCCGUGCAGAUUCACAUUUCCAACAACACAGAGAAUGAAGUGAAAAAUAUCCGUAUCAGUGACCCAAAGCUGCUGUCUGGCAUGAGAAUACAGGAAUUCCAGGAGAUUGAAUGUAUAGCUCCUGGAGAAAGUGCUACAGUUAUAAUGGGCAUUGAUUUCUGUGACUCCACGCAGGCAGCUAACUUCCAGCUGUGCACACACACACGUCAGUUCUACGGAUCCAUACAACCACCUGUGGGGGAGCUGAUGGAGACAGUCUUCAUGAGUGAAAAUGAGUUCAAAAAAGAACAGAGUAAACUUACAGGAAUGAAUGAAAUCACAGAGAAAUUGUCACUGGCAGCAAAAUGUCACAGUGACCACAUCAUUUCUCAGCGAAUCACAUCUACUGCUAAUAUGAACCGUGUUCCGUGUGGAUCUGACAAGGAAUACAGGUUUGCAGCAAAGACAGUGAAAAGUGGAACCCUUGUUCUUGUAACUUUAACCCUGAAGGAUGGUGCUGCAGCCUUACUAACCAUCAACAGUGAGAAGAUGGUGAUAGGAACCAUGUUGGCCAAGGACAUUGUGCAAGCUCUUACACACUGAUGAGCGAUACUCUAGACCCAAGGACAUGAUGGAUACUUAACGCUACAAUACAAUGGCCCUUAACGUAAUUCCUUGUGGUCACAUGGUCCUUUGACAGUAAAACAGGAAUUAAUAACAUUUAGUAGAAUAUUAGAACAGCACUAUGUCUGUGCAGUCAAAAGCAUAAUCUUAGGGCAAUAUCCACAUGUGACUAGGGUGUUCUAAGAUGACCUAAAUGAAGUCUGUAGAAAUUGUUAGCUGGAGACAGAAUAGAUGGCAACACAGUAAAAUCAGGAAUUUGAGGAAAGAACACUCAUAUCAUGUAUAAUGUGGUUUGUUAUAAAUAGUAUAUUUUAUUUAUAAAGCAAAGACAUAUGAUACUAAACCACAUAAAUCUUCCUUAUUACAGGAAUAAGCAAGCAACAGAUAAAUUUAGUGAACGAGAUUAAUCUUCUGUCUGUGGUUGGUUAAUGAUCUUGUGCCCUCUUUUACAGAAGCCAUUAGCCUGUGGGCACUUACAGAAACCUGUGUUUAUUUAUUUAUUAUAGAACACUACCUGGCUGUGGCCUUGCUGUUACAGACACCAUGUCAGUGACUAGUUAGUUGUCCUUGGCCCACUGUAGCUGAGCAGCUAUGAUCUGCUGCUCACAAUGGAAUCACUGUAGCUAAGUGACAAUUAUAACCCUUGUAUUGAUGCAGCAUAACUGUCUGCUGCUAAUUAUCUGCUCUAACCUGGUGUCUUGUGCUACUUCCUUUUUAGACAUCUAAACGUAUUUAUUAAAACUAUCUGGAUAUGUCAAUAAAAGUUGAAGUGUGUGCAAA